AUGAAGUACAAGGAGGAGUUCUUCUCAAAUAUCAGUGAGCGAGGUGACAAUUUGGAGCAGACUGUCGACACUUAUAUUGAGAAUAUGCUCUUACUCUUCGAAAAUCCUCAUUAUGCUCACGUCUUUGAGACGCAUUUUAUCAAUCAGUCACAGGACAAAGACAUUUGGACAUUUCCUGCAGCUGUACUGUUCACGACCACCACCAUCAUUCCUGUCGGGUACGGAAAUGUCUGCCCAAGUUCUGAGCUAGGAAAACUUCUAUUAAUUGCUUAUGGAAUCGUUGGUAUGCCUUUGGCACUGGUCACUAUGGCCGAUACAGGAAAAUUUUUGAGUCGAUUUGUUACGAUAUGUUUUAAUGAGUCUAUGGCAUGGCCCACAGGCAUAUUUCUUUCCAUGCUCUGUUUUUAUCCAGUAAUUGGUGGUCUGCUGUUUCAUUAUUUCGCCGAUCUACAAUUUCGCGACGCUAUCUACUUCAGUUUCACUUCUAUCUUCACCAUUGGUUUCGGUGAUUUAAUG